AUGAUCGACCUUCUUUACUUCCAGGCGGACAAAGGGGGAAACCCCGAGAUUGUGCGCGAGUCGCAGAGGAAGCGCGGCGCACCCGUCGAGCUAGUUGACGAGGUCAUUGAGAUCUUUGCGCAGCACAAGGCUGCCCAGUAUGAGAUGGAGAACGAGCGCCGUGCUGUCAACGCGCUUCAGAAGGAGAUCGGACAAAUCAAGAAGGCCAAGGGCGACGCGUCGGACCUCCUCACGAAGAAGGCCGAGCACGACAAGAAGAUCCAGGAGCUCACCACCAAGGCUAGCGAGCUCGCGCGUCUCCGUGACUCCAAGGCCUCGCGGAUAGGCAACAUUGUUGACGACAAGAACCACGUCUCGCAGACCGAGGACGACAACCCGGUCCUCGGCCUCUGGCACCCUGAGCCCAACCACAAGGGCAACUCUGAGCAGCUCACCACCGCCGACAAGCCGGAGGGUAUCCUUCCCCACCACGAGGUCAUGUACCGUCUCGAGGCCUUCGACAUGGAGCGUGGCAACAAGAUUAACGGCCACCGCGGCUACUUCCUGACCAACGACGGUGUCGACCUUAACCAGGCCCUCAUCAACUACGGCCUCGACUUCUUGCGCAAGCGCCAGUACAAGAAGAUCCAGGCACCCUUCAUGAUGCGCAAGGAGCUCAUGGCGGCUACCGCCCAGCUCGAGGAGUUUGACGAGGCCCUGUACAAGGUCAGCGCCAACGACGGCAACGACGAGAACGACCGCUACCUCAUCGCCACUUCUGAACAGCCCAUCUCGGGCAUGCACGCUGACGAAAACAUUGACCCCAAGUCGCUCCCCAUCCGCUACGCCGGUUACUCGACCUGCUUCCGGAAAGAGGCCGGCUCGAGCGGUCGCGACACGUGGGGUAUCUUCCGCGUGCACCAGUUCGAGAAGGUCGAGCAGUUCAUCGUGUGCCACCCUGAAGAGUCGCCCGCUAUGCUCGACUCGAUGAUCGAGAUUGCCAAGGAGUUCUACCAGAGCCUCGAGAUCCCCUACCGCGUCGUCAACAUUGUCUCGGGCGGGUUGAACAACGCCGCUUCGAUCAAGUACGACCUGGAGGCGUGGUUCCCGUUCCAGGGCGAGUACAAGGAGCUCGUCUCGUGCUCGAACUGCACCGACUACCAGUCGCGUUCGCUCAACGUCAAGCUCGGCUUCAAGAAGAAGGACGAGAAGGCCGGCUACGUCCACAUGCUGAACGGCACGCUGUGUGCGACGGAGCGUGCCCUCUGCUGCCUGGUCGAGAACUACCAGACUCCUGAGGGCAUCAAGAUUCCCAAGGUCCUUCAGCCGUACAUGCAGGGCCGCGACUUUGUGCCCUUCACGGCGGAGCUCCCGCCCGCCAAGAAGGCGCCUGGCAAGAAGUAG